CUUCUCAAGAGGAAGUAUAGAUGGGUAGAGAGGAAAGGUGGGUGGGGGGAUGGACAGGCUACAAGUCACUAGAGUUUAGAUACAGUUAGUGAUCGACACGUUGAGAUGGAACGCACCUGUCUUCUACUCUUGCUGUUGAGUACACUGGUAUACUCUACCCUCGGACAAGGUGGAGGGUCGUCUGAGGUUCAGGUUGUUGGACCGGCUGACCCAGUCAUUGCCUUAGCUGGUGAUGACAUCAUUAUACCAUGUUCCCUGAAACCCAAUGUCAGUGCUGAGGAGAUGACAGUGAAAUGGACAAGAUUGAACCCGAAAGCAGAAAACGUCCAUCUUUACCGUGACCGUCGAGACGGGGACCAGUCUCCAUCCUACAGGGGAAGGACAUCAAUGUUUAAUGAAGAACUGAAGAACGGCAACGUCUCCUUAAAGCUGACCAGAGUUACUCUCUCUGAUGCUGGAAGCUACAGGUGCUUCAUUCAAACACUGACCAGCCAGGUGAAGGAAACCACCGUUCAACUCCAUGUUGGGUCGUCUGAGGUUCAGGUUGUUGGACCGGCUGACCCAGUCGUUGCCUUAGCUGGUGAUGACGUCAUUCUACCAUGUUCCCUGAAACCCAGUGUCAGUGCUGAGAACAUGGUAGUGAGGUGGACAAGAUUGAACCUGAAAGCAGGAAACGUCCAUCUUUACCGUAGCGGUCGAGACUCCAAUGUGGAGCAGGUUCCAUCCUACAGGGGAAGGACAUCAAUGUUUAAUGAAGAACUGAAGAACGGCAAUGUCUCCUUAAAGCUGACCAGAGUUACUCUCUCUGAUGCUGGAAGCUACAGGUGCUUCAUUCCAACACUGACCAGCCAGGUGAAGGAAACCACCGUUCAACUCCUUGUUGGUGCUGUAUCUCAGCCAGUGAUAUCUAUUGAUGGAACCAAAGGCUGGGGGGUGGUCCUGAAGUGUGAGUCUGGAGGCUGGUUUCCUGAACCUGAGAUGGAGUGGCUGGACAGUUCUGGAACCAUCCUCCCUGCUGAUGGACCUCCAGAGAGACACAGGGACUCAGAGUGCCUCUACUCUGUGAGACGACAUGUCACCGUGGACCAGACUGACACCAACAGGUUCACCUGUAGAGUUCACCAGAAGGAGAUCAACCACCUGAAGGAGACAGAGAUUCAUGUCCCAAAUGACGUGUUUCCUAAAUCACACGUAGGGUUGAUUGUUGGUCUAAUAGCAGCAGCUGUUGCAUUUCUUGCAGCUUCAGCUAUUAGUUUCUACAUGUGGAUAAAAUAUACUGAAGAUGACGUGUUUCCUAAAUCACAAGUAGGGUUGAUUGUUGGUCUACUAAUAGCAGCAGCUGUUGGAGUUAUUGCAGCUUUAGUUGGUGUCUACAUGUUGAGCAAACAUAAUGAAGAUGAUGUGUUUCCUAAAUUACAAUUAGGGUUGAUUGUUGGUCUACUAGCAGCAGCUGUUGGACUUCUUGCAGCUUCAGCUGGUGUCUUUGGUGUCUACUUGUGGAGAAAACAUACUGAAGAGGAGGAGCAAAGUAAAGGAUGGGAAGAACAAAGUAAGUGGGCUGUUGUCUUGUUAGAGUUUCACAUAUAG